AUGAACGAAAUUCUUAACAGCAACGGAAUUAUAAUUUGCAAAAAUAUUCCCAUUGAUAAAAACCGUUUUGAAAUUACUGAAAUAUUUAGUAAAUAUGGGCCGCUACUAGGUGAAGGUAUUUAUUUUGGAAAGAAAAACAGCAACAUGUUUUAUGUUAAAUAUGUUUACUUCAAAGAUGCUAUAAAAGCUUACGAGAGCUUGAAGGAUAACAAAACGAAUGAUUACUACUUUGGGUUAACAUUUAGUAAAAAUGAUGAACUAAAAUACAAGGCAAUAAAAGGCAAUAAAAAGGCAAUCGAAGAAUUAAAGUAUAUUUAUAAAAACAACAAACAGAUAAAAGUUAACGACGAAAUGACAAACGAUAUACUUAAGGAAUUAAAUGAGCAAAAUAAUGAACUAUUAAAAAAGAAGAAGAAGGAAAAGGAAAUAGAAAAGAAAAAAGACAAGUCCUUCAUUUUAAAUUUACUCACCAACGUUGACGAACCGCAAGAUAACGAGGAAACUAACAAGCUAAAAACAGAACUUAAAAAUUACUUGAGCUUAAAUUGCCUAUGUUCUUACAACUUUGACGAAAAUAAUAAAUACGACAAUUACUUAACACCGACUUUUCCAAAUUAA